GGCCCCGCCGCAACUCGACGGGCGGCAGCGCCUGCUCGUUCCCCGCCGCGGCGGGAAGCCGCGCUCCGCGCAGACGGGCGGCCCGUGCCACCCCCGCACCAACACCGCCGGCCGCAGCUUCCGCCGCCUCAGCGGACGGGGCCGUGCCGGCAAUGGAGACCUAGCGGGGAGCCGCCGGGAGGUAUCUACAAAAAAGGGCUGGUGCCCAUUGUGGAUUGCUUCCAUCCAGAAUGUUGGAUAGACUGAAAAUUCUUUCAGUAAUAAACAAUUCCAAGUGCAGUGUGUUGGCAGAAGAAAAGACCCAAGAGAAAAGUUCAUGUCAGAAUUGAAAGCCUUGAAAAGUGGAGUGAGGAAAUGGUUUGAAAAGAAAUGAGCAGAAGUCCCCAUCUAACAGACUGUAAAGACAAUGAAAGAAUUACUGUUGCCAUUUCAUCCUUCAUGUAUAGGCUGUCACUGGAAGUGAAAGAUGAAGCCUCUUUUUCUCUUGGUUCUUGUGAUCUGUACUGUAGUCAGCAUGGAUUUGAAGCUCGUGUCAAAGAGGGAUUCUGUUGAUGGUUGCAUUGACUGGUCAGUGGAUCUCAAGACAUACAUGGCUUUGGCAGGUGAACCAGUCCGAGUGAAAUGUGCCCUUUUCUACAGCUAUAUCAGAACUAAUUAUAGCAUGGCCCAAAGCACAGGUCUUAGGCUUAUGUGGUACAAAAACAAAGGAGAUUUAGAAGAGCCCAUUAUAUUUUCUGAAGUUAGGAUGAGCAAGGAUGAAGAUUCAAUAUGGUUUCACUCAGUUGAGUUGCAAGACAGUGGUUUCUACACCUGUGUUCUAAGAAACUCAACAUAUUGCAUGAAGGUGUCCAUGUCCUUGACGGUAGCUGAGAAUGAAUCUGGGCUGUGCUACAACAGCAAGAUCAGAUAUCUGGAAAAAUCAGAAGUCACUAAGAGAAAGACAAUCUCUUGUCCUGAUAUUGAGGAUUACAAAGCAGCCAGUAAAGAGCCGGAUGUGGUGUGGUACAAGGAAUGUAAGCCAAAAAUGUGGAGAAGCGUUGUAAUUCAGAAGGGAAAUACUCUCUUAAUACAAGAGGUCCAGGAAGAAGAUGGAGGAAAUUAUACUUGCGAACUGAAGUUUGAAGGAAAGCUUAUACGAAGGACAGUUGAAUUGAAGGUUACUGCUUUACUCACGGACAAACCUCCAAAGCCAUUGUUCCCCAUAGAGAACCAGCCAACUGUUAUAGAUGUCCAGCUGGGAAACCCGCUGACUGUGGCCUGCAAAGCUUUCUUUGGAUUCAGUGGAGAAUCAGGCCCCAUGAUUUACUGGAUGAAAGGGGAAAAAUUCAUAGAAGAAUUAGAAGGUCACAUUAGAGAAGGCGAAGUCAGACUCCUCAGAGAACAUCUUGGAGAAAAAGAAGUUGAACUGACAUUGAUCUUUGAUGCUGUAGAGGAGGCAGACCUGGCUAACUAUACUUGUCAUGUGGAAAACAGAAACGGACGGAAACAUGCUAGUGUUCUUCUGCGCAAGAAAGAUUUGAUCUACAAAAUAGAGCUUGCUGGAGGACUGGGAGCCAUCCUUCUUCUGCUUAUUUUGCUCGUGACCAUCUAUAAGUGCUACAACAUAGAGUUAAUGCUGUUCUACAGACAGAACUUUGGAGGAGAUGAAGCAGCUGAUGACAACAAGGAAUAUGAUGCAUAUCUUUCAUACACCAAAGUGGAUCCUGACGCGUUAGAUUGUGAUAAUAAUGAAGAGGAGCAGUUUGCACUUGAAAUUCUGCCGGAUGUUCUAGAAAAGCACUACGGAUAUAAGCUCUUCAUUCCGGAUAGGGACCUGAUUCCUAGUGGAACCUACAUUGAAGAUCUCACAAGAUGUGUUGAACAAAGCAGAAGACUCAUUAUCGUGUUAACUCCAGACUAUGUUCUCAGGAGAGGAUGGAGUAUAUUUGAGAUGGAAAACAGACUUCAUAAUAUGCUAGUCAGUGGAGAAAUCAAAGUUAUUUUGAUUGAGUGUACUGAAUUAAAAGGGAAAGUGAAUUAUCACGAAGUGGAAUCUUUAAAGCACACCAUCAAACUUCUCUCAGUGGUCAAGUGGAAAGGACCAAAAAGCAGCAAACUGAACUCUAAGUUUUGGAAGCGCCUAGUCUUUGAAAUGCCAGGGAAGAAAAAGGAGGUGGUGUCUCGACAUCAGGUCCUGGAUUCUGCAGAGCAGGGCCUUUUUGGAGACCUCCAGACUGUACCCUCUCUUGCCGUCACAGGCACUUCUGCCACAUUAGUAGAAUCACGGGCUGAUUUAACUGAUUGCCAUCAAGCAGACUCUGUGCAUAUGAGACAUUACUGCAGAGGAUAUGAAUAUGAUGUGUCAGCAGCAACAUUGCCAAUAGCUUCCAUAAGCAACCAUCACACGUACUGUAACAUACCUUUGACACUGCUAAAUGGACAGCUACCUCUUAACACUGCCAUGAAGGAUCCCCAGGAGUUGCACAGGAACAACCCAUUGCUACCUUUAUCAGCAAAGGAGCUUAGCUUCACCAGUGAUAUUUGGUAGUGAAGAUCAGAACUCUUGAGAUGCUUCAUGACCACCAUGAAGACACGUUUUUAAAGAACUUUGCCCUAACCCCAUGGGGUUAGAAAACACUCGAAGCAGCGGCACACUUGUUUGCUUUUCUACUUGAACUUUUUUGUUUACAGAUUAUGACAAAGGGGGCAUUCUUUUGUAACUCGGUGAUGUCCUUCCUGUCUUUUAAUGUACAGUUUUAUUGCUUCUUUCAAAAGGAGGAGGGGGGGUAGAAAAACCACAACCCAUCAUUUUACAGUAGGUUUACAAUCAGGGAUGGAUAAAAGGUUACUGUGUAUGAUCUCCAACAUCCACACAUAUUUAAGUAAUAGUAUUCAAAAUACACAGAAGUUCUUGGGUUCUUCAUAAAGACUUCAGUACAGUUUGAAAUUCUAAUCAUGUAACGAAAAGGAUUAUCUCCUGCACAGACCGCAAGAGAUGAAUCAUUCCCAAAAGGAAGGGGGAGGAAACCUCCCGGUAACAUUGUCUCGCAAAUGCAUUUUAGAAGAUGACCAGCUGAAACAAUGCAGAUGAAGCUUUAUCAGUAAAGUGCAUAGUAACAGUUACUGCAGAAUAAAUCACCUGCUCACAACAGCAUCUCUUCAUUUUAUAACUGAGGCAUGUUGUAUUCCUAGUCAAUGGUUAGCAAUGUGGUUUUAUUUAACAACUUACUCAUGUAUUGGAGGAUGUUUAGGAGGAUUUAAAACACUUUUUCUGUUGAUUAUAGAGCAUUUCACGAUUUUUUGCAGAUUUUUAAUGCCUUUUUUUAACAAUUUAAGUAAAAAAUUAUCUGUCAGUUCAUUAAUCUGAAAUUUCUUAAGAUGUCUUGAGCUCUUUUAAGAUUUGUAGCAAAGGCAAUGUAAUUUUACAUAGGAUUUUUUUUCCAGUAUCAGUAGUUACAGUUUGAAAUUAACUUUUUUUGUGAGAACAUCAGCAAUAGAAAAUAAUUAUCACAGCAAUAUUCAGAGACAAAAUGUUGAAUUAUUCAGGUUUAUUGGUAGUAUGACUUCAAUUUCAGUGAUAAUCACUGGAGAGAGUUCCCUCUCUGUGUUUAUCUACCUGUCAGUUUAUGUACCUUUUAAAUACAGCUGGAGCAGGAACGUUUCUGCUGUCUGUGCAAUGAGAGAAAAGUGAUCUUUUUAAGCAGCUGGUAAGGUCUUGCAUCUCUCCCUUACAUGAAUGUUCCCAUCAGUCAAAUAGGGCACUGUCGUUUACUUUUCAUGGGAGACAUUCUUGCUGCCUGUGGAUGAGAAGUGUUAUACACAUACUCAGCAUCAGGCAUUACUGUCAGCGAGUUGAGUUUUCUUUUUACCAGUAUGUCUCAUGGAGAUGUCCGAACUCAGUUGAUUAAAGGUUGCAGAGUCAGACCAUAGAGAGUAUUCAAGGCAAAAGCUCUAAAUAAUGAAGACAGAAGCCAGUUUUGCAGGUUUUGGCACAGCUUUAAUGGAAACACAGUAGACAUGAGAGUUUUGUCUCAAUAAGAUCUGCUGUAUCAAGUUCCCAAAAAUAUUUUUAUGGCAGGCAACCUUGCCUGUAUUCCAGUGUUUUUAGCAUUGUUCUCUUUGAUUGCAUGAAUAAAAGUUAGCACUCUGCACUCAGCUGCCUGUGGUUUCAUCAGCAAACAAGUUCAGUAAAUCCUUGAUAUGGUUCCUAAAUUGCACCCUACAGCCAAAUGGAAACAAACACUGACCUAAGACUUAAAAGUAUCCAGAAUUGGCCCAAGGACUAUGAGAAUGAUCUCAAAUGUGCAAUAAUUCAUAGAGGUCGGAAUUUUUCCAUUGCUUCUUUCCCUUGUUCUUCAGUCUGUGCCCUCUUUACACCAGUUAUUGUCUGUAAGAUUUUUAUUAGGUUCUAAAUAAUAGUUGUUCUCUUGAUUUUUUCCUAGCAUUAUUAUGCCUUUGACACUAACACUGAAAAUGGAAAUCUAGAAAAGAUACUAUUACACAGUAUAGAACUCUAACUUGCUCUUUUGUGAAGUUAAGUUCUGAACAUAUAGGUGUUUAAUAUACCAAGAAAGUGAUUUUACCUCCAUUAUAAAUCUCUGUAUUUCAACCUCCUCCCAGAAACUUACAAAAUUUGCACUGUUUUCUAAGUGUUACAGACUGUGUUUACACUGGCUGUGUUCUUUAAUGCAAAGUGUAAUUUAAAAAAGAAAAAAAAACAAAACCCAAAAUGAAAACCCUGCAUGAAAAGAGCUGCAUAUGUUCAAAUGAAAAGCUGUACUUUUCAUUAUUUUCCUUUCCACAUUCCUCGAGAAUCUGGUUAAUUCACAUAGAAUGUUCAGUGAGAUUUGAAACCUACUCGUUCUGUAUGAAGCAUGCAAACUCCAAAAGAAGAAAAACAAAUACCUAUGCAGGUUGGUCUGCUUCUUUUAUUUAUAAUGACUAAAUAUGGGUAGCAAGUUAAUUUACCUGAUGAUAAUGUCUCUUAGAGCAGUAGCUAUUCAAAAGCAAAAUGCAGUCAUGUUUGCAUUGAGGUAAUAUGAAAAGAACAGUUUUUCUGUCAUUUUGCAAAAGCACAUGAUGUGUCUGUAUUGGUAUCUUUUAGUUUUAGAUGAGAAGUCACAAUCUGCUUUAAGAUUUCAAAGUGUGUAUUGAGUACUGCGACAAUAUAUACAUGAAUCAGAACCAUUGUAACCCCUCUGCUUGUAGUAUGGGAAUGGGACCUGAGCUCAGAGAGCCUCUCGUUGACUCGGUUUUGUGUAAUAGAGGUGUGCCAUGCUCGAGGUAGCACUUAAGGACUUGGAAAAAUACUGUCAGACAGUGCAGUGCAUCCAUCAGUGGGACUUGGGUGGCACAGAGACCAGGAGCUUGUCCCAGUGUGAAAAUGCACUCCAAAGCAACUCCCCAGUGGGGUCAGUCCCUUGUGAGACGGCAGUGACAGCUGAGUCAGGGCCUUGGUGGCAAAAAUGUGCUAGCUCAUUCAUGUGAAAUAGAAAUAAAAGGGCAUAAGGGCAUUUUGCAUUCCUCUGACUCACCAAAGCCUUGUACUUAUUCAGCUGGAUUUAUUGGGGAAGAGGCCAGGGCACUGCCCUGGCAGUGGUUGGUGCUGCCUCUCACUUGUGCAGCCCUUGCCAGCCCCGGUGUUAGGCUGUGCCCUCACAGGGAUUAAAUCACCAGCAGCAAACUUGCAGCCAUGUGGGGCUUCUGGUUUGGGAUGUUCAUUUUGAAGAUGGUUUGUUAUGGUGUUUGGAAACUACUGUUUGUGUACUUACCUUUGUGUGUGAUGUGCUUCUGAAGCAAUUAUGGUUUGAAGGUUAUAUAAAAAUGAGCUAGAAAUUGGAAACCUC